AUGCCGCUUGUUAAAAGACUAUUCAUAAAAGCUAGUGAUAAUUAUGAAAAAGGGUUUCGAAUUGUGCCUAUCAAUUCAAUGGAACCAAUUGAAAUUGAAUCUUCGAUCGGAAAGUUUAAAGUUAUUCUAAAUAUUAGAAACUUUGAUGGGUCGAAACCCCAUCUUUCAAAUAGUUCAUAUAAUUUGCAUGAUGAGUUGUUGCUAAAUGGUGAGAAGCGUAUAUCAAAUACUCCGAGAGCGGUACCACCGGAGAAUGAAUUGCAUAUUCCAAACUUACGGUUAAUUAUAGAGUUUAUUCCUAAUCAGAAUAUCAAUGGAGGUGAGUUGAUAUUUGGUAAUGAUUUCACAUAUCCCAUUAGGGAUUAUGUACCAACAAGCGUGUUGAAUACCGGAUUGAAAUUAUUCACGUGGCUAGUUACUGAUUCUAUAAAAGGUGAGGUAAGUAAUGAUAAACCUUAUAUUUAUGGAAUGGCCGUAAAUGGAUUCACAUAUAUGGGGAUUGAUAAUUUUAACCAAAUACCAUUAGUUAUAAAUAAUAAAAAGAGACCAAUAAAUUGUCAAGAAAAUUUAGUAGAACAAGAUAAACGAAUUCCCCAGGAUUCAAAGGGAAGAAUUAAAUAUUUUGGAAGUAUGCAAACAUGUAAAAGUUUCACGUUCAGAGCAGGUAUUCCAUAUACUUUACAAUUUGAUACUGAUUAUAUGAAAUUAGCUGAUUCAAGAUAUGCCGUUUCAAUACCUAAAUUUGAUUUUGAUGUAACUGGAUAUGCUAAUGAGAAGUUCAAUAACUUUAAUUGGACUAUUAAGAAAGGUGGACUUCAAUCAGUAGAUGAAGGUAUACCCGGUUUAAUUAUUAAUUUUGCAUUAUUAGAUGAAGAAGAAGAAAGAGAAGAAACUUGA